CAGAUUUUGGAGGUAGCUAUCGCCUCGGCAGAUCCGCCUCCACGUCCGGAGUGCGUCAGACCUCCGUUCAGAGGCAGAAUCAGGCUGUCUUGUCCCCUACCCCUACUGUGGCCCCCGGGGGCCGGGAGCGUGAUGGGAAGCUGCAAGAGGUCAUCGAGAGGAAAAGGUUCCUUUGUCACGAGAUCAAAUCUCGCCAACCGCGGGCUGAGAGGGGCCUCUGCAAGCAGGAAAGCCUGCCCAUCCUGCCAAGCUGGCGUCGUGGGUCGGAGGGCCGCAAAGGCGGGACCCCGCCGUGCCAUCGGCAACAGGCUGUGCUGUGGGACACUGCCAUCU